CAAAUUUUUGCUCCCUAUGAUCGCCAAGAUCAAAAUGGCGCCUGGAACAACAACACAGGAUUCCAACAAUGAGAAUACUGAAGGGCAGCAGAGCAAUACAAUUAUCUUUAAUGCAUCCAAGGGAGAACUGUUCACGCCAAAUAAUGGUUUUAAAUCACUGGUCAGAAAACUGAGAUCCAAUUGGAAAGUUAUUACUAACAAAGAUGAAAUUACCUUGGAGAGAAUUUUAACAGCCAAAGUAAUCAUAUUUGGAGGACCAAGAAGAAAGUUUACUGCUUCUGAGUUUGAAGCACUAAAGCAGUACAUCGAAAAAGGAGGAAGCCUUCUGAUCCUACUGGGAGAAGGAGGAGAGAGUCGUUUUGACACUAACAUCAACUUCCUGAUAGAAGAUUAUGGAAUCAUGGUGAACAAUGACUCAGUUGUGAGAACUGUGUAUUACAAGUAUUUCCAUCCCAAGGAAGUUUUGAUUUCGAAUGGAGUCCUCAACAGAGAGAUCAAUCGAGCAGCUGGGAAGUAUGUUCCAGGAUCAUCAGAUCUUGACAAGACAGAUCUUGGACAAUCUCUGACAUUUGUUUAUCCUUUUGGUGCAACACUGAAUGUAGUGAAACCAGCCAUUUCUGUUUUAUCAACUGGUAGUGUGUCCUUCCCACUUAACAGACCAGUUUGUGCCUUCCACUCAUCAAGAUAUUCAAAAGGUAAAUUGGUCAUCCUGGGCUCUGUGCACAUGUUCAGUGAUCAAUAUCUGGACAAAGAAGAAAAUGCAAAGGUUCAGGAUGUGGUAUUCCAGUGGCUCACAUCAAAUGACAUACAACUCGAUAAUAUUGAUGCAGAGGACCCUGAGAUUUCAGACUACCAUUACAUCCCUGACAUUCCCAGAAUGUCAGAGAGGCUGAGAGUUUGUCUUCAAGAAGGAGAUGAGAGUGUUGGAUCAGAUAUCACAAAAAUGUUUGACGAAAAUCUGUUCAAACUUGACACAAGUGUAGUUCCAGCUGCCAUAAGAGCAUAUGAAGACCUUAGAGUGAAGCAUGAACCACUUUUACUAAUAACUCCACAGUUUGAGACUCCUCUUCCACCACUUCAGCCUGCGGUGUUUCCACCAACAUUUCGUGAGCUACCUGCUCCAGCAUUGGAUUUGUUUGAUUUGGAUGAGUGUUUCUCAUCAGAGAAGACAAGACUGGCUCAGAUAACCAACAAAUGUACUGAAGAUGAUCUUGAGUAUUAUGUCCGUGAGUGUGGUGAUAUCCUGGGAGUUUCCAGCAAGCUGCCGGCUUCCUCCAGAGAUGCUAGACAUAUACUGGAUUACAUUUUCCAUCAAGUUGUGGAGUUUAAAAAAUUGAAUCAGGAACCCCCAGAUGAUCCUUCAAAUGAGCCUGACUUUGCAGACGCCAUGUGAAAUAGUCACAUUCAGAUCUUGAUUAAUAUAAAAGCCUUUGUGGAAAAGAGUUGUCAUAAACUUAUUUAUUAAAGUGGUCUAUAGAGAUGCCAGCCAGAUUAAUUGAAGGACAGUCCUUUAGACAACUUUUUUUCGGUAGGAAAUUUUGCCUCACUAAGGGAAUCUUCUGGUUUUAACUACCUCCACCCUUCAGAGCAUUGGUGUUUUUAGCUUCUUACAGGCUUGAUUAAACACCAAAUUCUCUAAGUUAAUAAUGUAGGAUAACAGGUGUAGAAGUGAAAAGGAAGGAUUUUGAAGCUGAUUAUGUGAGUUAUUAACUAAAAGGAGCUGUGCAGUGAUGUAAUAAUUCAUUUUUAGCUUUAUUGAGAUUGGCUUGUAGUUUAGAGCCAAUUUUGAUUGAAUGUUGUAAAACCAUAUGAAAUGUAAAUAUGCAUACAAGUUGAAUUA